GCAUUUCCGGUCUCAGGGAGCAGAGGUCUGUGAUAAGAAAACUUUAUUUCUCUGCUGCACGGCAUCCGGAACUUAAAGGACUUAGCCUUGGCCGACCUGAUGGUGGGAAGAGUUAGAGGGACGGACAAGGAGAGAGGCGUGGCCAGGAGACUUCCGGGAGAGCGCCGGAAGUACGGUGUCCGACUCAGGCUGACCCGCGCAGUCCUCCUCGCUGUCGGGCUUGCGAGAGUCUGACGGGAACCGGAGGCGCCGGAGACCUGAGUCCAAGACGACUCCACUGUCGUGACCGCCGGCAAGUCCUUUUUCUGGGCUUUCAUUGGCUCAGCUGCGAAGUGAGUCGUGGACGAGCCGAUCUCAGCGUCCAGCCUGGAGAGCGGGGUCUUUCAGGCAGCGCCCGUGGGAUUCGAGAGCCAGAGAUGCUCUGAGUUAGCUCCUGCUUUUCUCUGAGGUCUAGAGAAAUUGAACAGCCAGGAAAUAACCAAGGCCUCUCCCCAUCUUCAAAACAGUCGUGCAUUCUGAGCCUGCCAUCCAAGAAACUCAGGAGGAGGAGUUGAUAGUCUCUGCAUCCCUCACCGCCCUGGGACAGGACCCAACAUGUCUCAGGCCACCAAGAGGAAGCAUGUGGUGAAGGAGGUGCUGGGGGAGCACAUGGUGCCCUCCGACCAGCAGCAGAUCGUGAGGGUACUCAGGACCCCAGGGAACAAUCUGCAUGAGGUGGAGACAGCCCAGGGGCAGCGCUUCCUGGUGAGCAUGCCCUCCAAAUACCGCAAGAACAUCUGGAUCAAGAGAGGGGACUUUCUCAUCGUUGACCCUAUUGAAGAGGGAGAGAAGGUGAAGGCUGAGAUCUCCUUUGUGCUCUGCAAAGACCACGUGCGCUCUCUGCAGAAGGAGGGGCUCUGGCCUGAGGCCUUCUCCGAAGUGGCUGAGAAACACAACAACCGGAACAGACAGGCUCAGCCAGAACUCCCAGCUGAGCCACAGUCAUCAGUAGAAGAGUCCAGCUCUGAAGAUGAUUCUGACCUUUUUGUUAACACCAACCGCAGACAGUAUCAUGAGAGUGAGGAGGAGAGUGAAGAAGAGGAGACAGCCUGAGACCCCGGGACCCACUUCUCCUCUUGCUCAGAGACUAGUCCUUGGCUCCUCUGAGCUUGGACAUUCCCAGGAGGCUCUGUGGAUCUUUCCCCCUGGAUGGGGACAAGGCAGGGCCCUUCCCUGAACUGACUUUCUGACAUAGGAGAAUUAAACCCCUGGUGGGUGGUGACUUA